AUGACAACGUUGGAGAUCAGCAUGGUGUCAGUUGAAGGUCUCGGAAAAUACUCCUCCUCCUAUUUCAUCACUCUCACCAACCUUUCCAACCACCUCGUCUACUCCUACGACGGUGGAGGAGCGGAGGAACACAUGUUCCGAGUCCCAGUGGAUCAUACCUUCUUUUUCGACACACAACACUCGAGCUUACAACUUCAUCUGUACAACAAGCGCCGAAUAUUGGGACCGACGCAACUGGGGUGGUGCAUGAUUCCGGCGUUAGACAUUGGCUUCCUCAACCUCCGUGAUUCCGCCGCAGUACGCUACCUCAGUUACCGGCUACGGGCCACAGACGGUUGUAGGAGCGACAUCAUCAUCAACCUCUCCGUCAAGUUGCUGGGAUCUCCGGACACGUGUCAGACUGUUAUUGGAAUACCAGUUACGGCGGUUCGUGGAGUUGACAAGAAACAACUAGCAGCGCGAUGGUCAUAGAUGAGAGUCGGUGUGGGAUCAAGUUCAGGGACGCAACUUGUAACUCUGAUCUAAUCCAUACUUGUUGUCUGGCAACGUCGUCUAGUGACUAGUGACUAGCGGCUGGGGUGGGGCCACAUGCAGUGCGGUGCGUAGAAGGUGUUGUCAUUACUUUGUGUAAUCUAUGGGAAAAGUUUGUAGUGAAUAGAGAAAGUAAUGUGUGAGGUAAUUGAAUGGAAAAUGAAGUGAAAAUUGUGUCAACAAUAUUAUGAAUCAUAGCUUGUGCACUAAAUUACUUUA